GACAAAGUCAAGAGGCAACAUUAAUCUAUAAUAUCUACAGCCACACGAUCAAAAAUGGCAACUCAGAUUAUUGAUCCGGGGAAGGCAGUUGCUGAGGCUGUAUCUAUUUGCAAGCGCUGCAAUAAAGACGAGGCUACUACGAAUAUUCGAUCUGAGCCAGUCUGUCUGCAAUGCUUCACGUACUAUGUGAACACCAAAGCCAUUAAGCGCCUAGAGACUUAUAAAGAUCGCAACCGGCAAUCAGAGACAAAGCGAUAUUUGCUCCCCCUCUCGUUCGGCGCAUCUUCUACCUCGCUCCUCCAUAUUCUCGACGAACAACUGCGAAAACAAUCGGAGCGCAUGGGCCGCACCUCAUACGAACUCAUUAUCACACACGUUGAUCUCGAAUUCGAAGACGAAGUUGCAUCUGAGAAGAUCCGUUCAUUAUGGAAGGCGGUGCAAGACCGAUUCCCAAAGCACACAUACGUCGAGGUCAGCAUAGCUGAUGCCCUCGACAUCAAAUCGAUCGACUGGCCGUCGCUUGGUCUGACGGUCGAUGAGCAACUCCCAAAAAAGGAGCGCUUAGCAAAUCUACUCAAAUCUAUUUCUACCGCAACUUCUCGCUCAGAUAUCGCCUCCACACUCCUCACGCGCCUCCUGGUAUCCGUCGCUGGGAAGAACAGCUGCGGCAGCAUCCUCUUCGGCGACUCAACAACCCGACUCGCCGAGAAGACACUCACCGAAACUGCCAAAGGCCGAGGUUUCUCUCUCCCAUGGCAGGUCUCAGAUGGCGCCUCGCCGUUUGGCGACAGCCUGCUCUUCAACUACCCGAUGCGCGAUCUCUUGAAGAAGGAACUAGUCGCAUUCACCAAGCUCACAUCGCCCCCUUUGAGCGGCAUCGUGAUCCCAGUCAACACCAAGUCAGCGCUGAGUGCCAGCAGCAAGAGCACAACAAUUGAUGACUUGAUGACACAGUACUUCGAGUCCGUCGAGGAGAAUUACCCUAGUAUUGUGGCGAAUGUAGUCAGGACAUCGAGCAAGCUCAAGACACCAGAGGUUAAUGACGGCGCGGAAUGCACGCUGUGUGGCAUCCCAGUCGCUGAAGGCACAGAUGGUAUUGAUGGUUGGAGUGGCGAACAAAGCUCAUCCUCACAGCCUACGAGGGAGGUUGCCAGUGCGCGGCCCAUAUUGUGCUACGGUUGCGCGAGGUCAAUCAAUGGUUGAAAGUGUUGAAAGUCCGUCUGAUAGAACUUGAGGUUACUAUUCAACGGGCCUUGAUUACCCAGAACUGCCUUUCACGGCCUAGACACUCUGUGAUUCAAGCGCAGCGCAGGUUCGACCAGUGAUUGCUAUAACACAUGGUGUUUCGCAGCAUUAUAUAAGAUAAUCGAGGUAUAUGGCAGCCAAUAUAUUGGCUAGAUGGAUCUCGGGCAUCAUUAUAUACCUACUGGGAUAGAAUAAAAUGGAUCAUAUAGAGGCAUACAGGGAAGGCUAGAUGAAAUAUAAACUCCG